GAGAAAUGUACCUUUAUUACCGCAUGUAGAAGUGUCGUUAUUAUUUUGUCGGUAAUAUAGGGAUCACGGUCGGCAACGUUUUCACCAAAUUUUAGGUUAUAAUAAGGUUAUGUGAUUUUAUUAAUUAAGAAAAUUAAAUAAAUAAAAUGUCGUGGAUAUCAAAUACCACUCAAACAAUGUUCAAAGCAAUUAAAACUUGGACCCCAACAGUUACUCCAAUCAGAUACAGAUAUUUCAAAGAUAAAACAAGAACGAUUCGUAAUUAUGGUUAUGAGGAUGGUGUAACACUUAGUGGAACCUUACCCAGACCAAAGGAUGCAGAUAAACUUCCAAUGCCAAUAUACAAACCGAAGAAUGCAUGGUCAGAUAAAAGAGCAUUGUUUGGACAGAAUGAUUACAUUGAUAUUUUGGGCAAUGAUAAGAUGCAUCCAACCAGAAUUUUAUAUAAUAUGCCACCAUGGUUAAGAGGUGUUGGUGGUAAUGAAUUCCAAGUAAUGAUUAGGAAGAGGAAAAUGUUGGGACAAACUUUAUACCCCUUGGCCAGACCCACAAAAUGGUAUCAAUUGGAAAAAAGAAUAAAUUACUUAUACAGAUUUUUGAAUAGAAAGACCAAAACUGGUUGGUCACAUCAGUAGCUUUAGUAAUAAAUGUUCAGAUAAAUUAAA